AUGGCAUUUAAAUUAGUUUACGUCUUCACAACUAUUUUGACCCUUUCAGCUGUGCUGCUCUGCAGCACGCUCUGUGUGGCCCAAGAGGCUGCCAAUCCACUUGACACUGCAGAGGCGCUUAAGCUGAAGACUUUGCUGGAAGCCAGUCGAGCGAGCACAACCCAAAAGCCCAACAGCAGCUCCACAGCCAAAACCAAGAUCAAUUUAGCUGCCAGCGAGGAGGAUCACGAUUACAAUUUUCAUAAUGAUCGUCUGCCUGCUCUGACAGAGGAUGAGUUCAAUAGCUUAAGCCAUGACGCCAAUCCCUUGCAUUUCCUUAAGCGGCUGAAAGCGCCAGAGACGGACACAACUAUAGCUCUGCUAGAGUCUAAUAUGCCACAAGCUGAUGCAACGAAACCCCAGACGCAGUUAAUCAGGCCACAGGAGUCCAAGCCUGACUCUCUUCCUGGCUCACCCAUCUACAUCACCAUACCCAUCUACAUCAAUACCUCAGGCCAAAUGCCGCUUAGCUUGCUCGUUGGCGAUCAGGAACUGCAGCUGCAGCGGCGCACUUCAGGGCACAAGAAGAGUCCGUCCACCAAAUCGCCCAACUCAUACUUCAAUCGCUUGCUGGAACAAAUUGAGCCGCCCAAGAGGCGUACGACCAAUCGACAUCGCAGCCAGAGCCGCAGCAAGAUUCAAGCGCUGAAGGAGCACAUCGACUCGGACCUCUACGAAAAUCCCAGCUCUACGAGCAUUGAGAACUAA